AUGGGGUGGUACCUGUGCUACUUCCUCCACAGGCACCUGGACUUCCGCCGCGAGGAGCUGCAGGCGCUCGCCGACAUGGCCGGGUGCGGCGCCGACAUCAAGUGGCGCGAGCCGCACGGUGGCGUCGACCACUCCCCGUUCUGGCGCGUCUACAUCCCGACCGAGGAGCUCGCCGUGGAGGUAUGCAGGCGCAGCGUCCUGACGCGCGCUCUGAUCGAGGUGUGGGGCGAGGGCGACACCCAGGAGGAGCUCAACGCCGCCGUGAAAGCCUUCCCCGACGAACGCAAAGAUCCGUACAUCGCGGAGGGCACGACGUUCAAGGUGUGCGUCGAGGACUUUGGCAAGACCGAGCACGGCACGGAGAAGAACCCGUGGUCGCACGUCGUCGCGCGCAUCGACGCCCUCAAACCCGUCCUCCAAUUCAGGGGCAGGGCGAGGAUGAAAGGCCCGCAGCAUCUCUUCUGGUCCAUCGAAUCGGCAAACGCGGACGACCUCAAGGGUGUGCCGUCGGACAUACCCCCGCGAAGGUACUUCGGACGCGUCGUCGCCACCGGCGACCGAUCGCCGCUGAGCAAGUACGACCUGAAGAAGCGGCGGUACCUCGGUCCGACGUCGAUGGACGUGGAGAUGGGUUUGAUCAUGUGCAACAUGAUUCAGGCGAGGCCGGGGGGCGUCGUGUGGGACCCGUUCUGCGGCACCGGUUCGCUGCUCAUCAACGCCGCGCACUUCGGCGCCUUCACGAUGGGCUCGGACAUCGACAUCAGGGUCAUCAAGUGGGGCAAGAAGGACAAACGCACGGGGCAGAACGUCGACGUCUGGACCAACUUCGAGGACUACGGCUUGGAACCCCCCGUGGGUUUGCUGCGAAUGGACCUGCACAAGCACAGCUGGACCGCGUUGGCGCACGUAGAGGGGACGCUGCAGGGCGUCGUCGGGGACCCUCCGUACGGCGUGCGCGCGGGCGGGCGGAAGAGCGGCGGGCGUAAGCGCGGGACGGACGGCGCGGUCAAGCCCGUUCCCGAGGAGCACAGGGAGAACCACAUCCCGAGCACGGCGCCGUAUCCCUUCAGCGAGUGCAUGGACGACUUGAUGGACACGUCGGCUCGGCUGCUCGCGAUGGGCGGCCGGCUCGCGUUCUUCAUCCCGGCCGCGGCGGACCCGGAAGACGCCGCGGCGGCCGGGGUUGACAGCGUCCCGUCGCAUCCGGCGCUGAAGCUUCGCGCGUCGAGCGUUCAGCUGCUCAGCGGUCGGUGGGGCCGGAGGCUGGUGACGUUUGAAAAAGUCAAACCGUACGACGCGGCUAUCGCGAAAGCGGCGCGGGAGACGCUGAGAGAGCGACGCAAGACGGAAGGGGGCGUGGAGGACUUGCUGGAGCGCAUGCGCGAGAUCGUGUACCAGCCGCGGGGGGGUGACGGACCGGGGGUGGACGAGGACGGGAACGCGAAGCCGCGGAGAAAGAGGGGGACGGGGCCCAGCGGGGGUAAGUUUACGCCGACGCCCUCCAAGCCGGAGGCGGCGGCGGCGCUGCGGGCGGCGGGCGGCGGCGGCGGCGGCGGCGGGAGCGACGGCGGGAGCGGCGGCGGCGAGGUGGGCGCCAUGCACAGGGCGCACUCGGCGGUCGGGGUCAAGAUGGACAAGGCGAAACGCCCAGAGUUCAGGGGUAAGAACACUUAG